CCUUUUGUUCCAGUGUGCUCAUGAAGAGGGAAAUGAACAGAUUGUUCUUGCUUGCUUUGCCACGGUUUUAGUAUAAACUUACUUUUAAAUCUGUGGGUUUAAAACACAUCAGAGGAUACAUGCUUUUCAUAUUUCCAUGUUUAAUAAUAGAUUUGAGGUGGCUCUACCAGUUCAGCAGGAAAUGGCGCUGCGGAGCCGCAAGACUUAUGGUGAUGAAUGCUUUGAGAAAUGGGAGUUUGUCAGCUCUGGGGGAUUCGGUCGAGUCUGCAAGGCCAGGCUAAAGAACUUGGGAAUUGAUGUGGCUAUUAAGAUACUCCAUGAUGGAUCUUCUAGCUCCUCCAUGAUACUGCGUGAUGAGGCCAAGUAUAUGGAUAUGGCUUCCUUUAACUUUGUGGUGAGGCUUUAUGGAAUGUAUCAGGGCUGUCCGCCUGGUAAAGGACCAUCCACACAACAGGGAUUAGUGAUGGAGUUCGUGGAAGGAGGAUCUGUUCAGUCCCUGCAGGAGAAACUUGGCGACCGUCCACCGUGGCCCCUGUGGCCCCUGGUUUCCCGCUUGUCCCAUGAAGUGGCUCAAGGCAUGAACUUCCUCCAUACAGAACAUCUCAUGCACCUAGACCUUAAGCCAAGUAAUGUACUGCUGAAUGAUAACCUUAACGCCAAGAUAGCAGACUUUGGUCUGUCCAGAGUUUCCGCCAGCGCUUCAAACAGCAACAAAGAGACAACAGGGGCGAUUGGUGGCUCAUUCAAGUACAUGCCUCCAGAAGCUCUUCAAUCAUUAUCAUAUGAACCUGUUCGUUCUUUUGAUGUAUACAGCUAUGGUAUCCUGCUCUGGACCAUUGCUACUGGUGAAGAUCCCUAUCCAUUGGCUAAUUACGAUCGUGUGGCAUUGAGUAUCCCUAAGGGGGACAGACCUUGCUGUAAGGAAAUUGAGCAGAUGAAGGUAGAUGGGCUGAAAGAACUGAUUCCCCUCAUGAAGGAGUGCUGGCAUGGCAGUCCCAACCAGAGGCCUACCUUUAUAAAGUGCCUGGACGUCACUGAGAAAGUGCUCUCAAUGCACAGCAUGGGAAUUGAUGAUGCCGUGCGUCAAGUGAAAAGACUGAUGUCACCAAACAGCAACACAUCAAACACAAGUGAGGCGACCAAUGUUUCCCUUCAGACAGCAGAAUAUUAUGAUUCUUUCUCUUUUGCAGAAGAGUCAACAUAUGAUUCUGUGGAUUCUGGAAGGUCUUCUACUAAAACAAUGAGCAUUCAAGAUAAAGCAAAGUUUGUUGAUCGCAACUGGGCAGAGUUGAUUCAAGACGUUUCAGAGGUAAUGGCAAUAACCGAGGCACUUGGAGACAUGGUCCACCCUGAAACCUUAUCCAAGAUUGGAAGACAGGACACAAGCCAGGAUAAAAUGAGAAUGCUUCAUGGGCCUCUACGUUCAGGGGGCGAUAAGGUCAAGGCAGCCUUCUACGACGCCCUCAAGGCUCAACAUCUCCACCUAGUGGAGAGGCUUGGUGGUUCAUUCUGAAGACACUGUGGCCUCGCGCAUUCUCGCAGGUGCAGAAUACUUUGCAUGCCUCACCUACUUUCAUCUUUUGUAAAAAAGUUCAUAUAUGUUAUGCUUUUAUACAUAUUGUUGAGAUUUUAUAAAACUUUUAUAUUCUGUAACAUAUAAAGUUUUACAUUUAAGGAUCUUUGAAAAACAAAAUGUUUUCUUAAUAAACAAUUGUUUAUUAACAGAAAAAAAAA